AUGUCACUUAACGACAUUCUGAAGAAACCCGAUGUUUUGUCACGUGUCCGAAAUCAUCCAGAUACAUUCAGGUUUACGGAGGAAGUGUCGUUGGUGGUGACAGGGGGUCACUGGCCGCCGCACCUGCUGGUGACGGAGGGCGAGGAACCGGGGACCUUCAGCAUGGAGGGGCCGAUGUUCAGCCUGCUGGAGGCGCUGGCGGAGGCUAUGAACUUUUCGUAUACCCUCACCCGCCCCCCGGACGGGUACUGGGGCGCCCCCCUCGCGAAUGGCACCUGGACCGGCAUGGUGGGCCAGAUCCACAGGAAGGUGACGGUCGAGGGUUCUCAUGUGGUCUUUAUGCGCUUAUAUACAGUCCGUGGGCGCGUUCUCCCGCAGGAGGCCGACCUGGCCCUGGGCCCCUUCGCCCUGACGGAGGCGAGGGCCGAGGCCGCCACCAUGACCAAGGCCGUGUUCUUCGACAAGCUGUGCAUCAUAGGGGGGGGGGGGCGGCCCGAGAGCGACCCCUGGGGCUUCCUCCUGCCCCUGGCGCCCGCGGUGUGGCUGGCGCUCCUGCUGGGGAUGCUGCUCACUUGCGCGUCCUUCGCGGCGCUGGGCGAGGGGGGCGCCGAGGACAGGGGUCUCCUGAGGGCGGCCGGGUCCUCUUCAUGCACGUCCGCUCGCUCCUGCAGCCUCCGGCGCGACGUGCAGCCCGCCCGCGCCCGUCUGGUGGUGGGCGGCUGGCUCCUGGCGGCGAUGCUGGUCACGUGGAGCUACAGCGGGAACCUGGCCUCCCUCCUGACGGUGCGGCACGUGGCUCAGCCGGUCCAGGGCUCGGGACAUCGUCGAGAGCGAGGACACGGUCGUCGUCAUGGAGCCCGACACGGCGUUCACCGAGCUCUUCGCUGUGAGUUCGGGCUUCGGAAAACCGAAUCCAAAAUCCUGCGGCAAAUCGACAACCUCAAGCGAAUCGACCGGAUGUUGUAUUUCCCUUUCGAAUAUUUCUACGAAUUAAUGGACGAUGACGUAAGAGGCGGGGAUUACGUCAUCAUCACGACCGUCGUAUCAGCUGAUCUCCUGUUCGGCGAGUUCUUCACAAAUACGGGUGGUGUUUUCGUGUUCGUGUGGUGUUGUGUGGUGGUUGUGGUGGAGAUGUAG